AUGAUUAGCAGCGGAGAGACGCUGUUGACUAGAAGUGAUGAGACAACGUUAACUAGAUGUGAAGAGACGCUGUUGACAUACAGUGAAGAGACGACGUUAACUAGCAGUGAAGAGACAACGUUAACUAGCAGUGAAGAGACGACGAUGAGUAGCAGUGAAGCGACACUGUCAACUAGCAGUGAAGAGACAGCGUUAGUUAGCAGUGAAGAGACGACGUUAACUAGCAGUGAAGAGACAACGUUAACUAGCAGUGAAGAGACGACGAUGAGUAGCAGUGAAGCGACGCUGUCAACUAGCAGUGAAGAGACAGCGUUAGCUAGCAGUGAAGAGACGACGUUAGCUAGCAGUGAAGAGACGACGUUAACUAUCAGUGAAGAGACGACGUUGACUAGCAGUGAAGAGACGACGAUGAGUAGCAGUGAAGCGACGCUGUCAACUAGCAGUGAAGAGACAGCGUUAGCUAGCAGUGAAGAGACGACGUUAACUAUCAGUGAAGAGACGACGUUAACUAUCAGUGAAGAGACGACGUUGACUAGCAGUGAAGAGACAACGUUACUUAGCAGUGAAGAGACGUUAACUAGCAGAGAACAGAUGCUACUGACUAGCGGUGGAGAGAUGCCGUUGACUAGCAUUGAAGAAACGUCAUUGCCUAGCAGGAUAGAAACGCCGUAG